AUGUUUUCGGCCGUUCUCUCAAUCAAGGGCAAGCGUCUUUUGGGCCUCAAGCCCGACUGGACUGCGCCUUUGCUCCACUUAAGCUACGCAGUUGCAGCAGUCAGCUCAAGCUUCUCGGCAAUGACGGGCUCAUCAGCCAAUAUGGAGGAAGUACAGACGCAGCCGAGGCGUCCUCCCGUUUUACCCUGGAAGCUCACCCACUCGCAAAGUGGGCCGGAGCCUGGAUGUGACAGCUCAGGGCUCUGGUCAGCCGCGCUCAGCUCUGCGGGCUCGCAGAUGAGUUCGACCAGCCUGAACAGUCCUCUGCUAGGUCGACGUCAAUCCGCUCCAACUCGUCAACACAGCAGGCGGUGGCUCAAGCGGGUCCUUGUGCUCGCAAUCAUCGUCGUGCUCAAAUUCAUCUAUGAUCUCGCUAUCCGUCAGAACACUUUCCAGACUCCAAGCAGCAUGAGUGCGCCUUUGCGAGCUCAGUCUGACAGUCAAGCAGAGCCGUCGACUAUGCCAGAUUUCAAUGGGACCGAUGGAACCGGCAGGUCGAGGUGGCAAGAGAUCAGCGAAGCGCUUUUGCGCUCAGCCUCGAUGUCAUUCUCGCGUCUAUCAUCGAAUGUCAACCCAGAGCCGGAUAUCGAGCCAGAGCGCGAGGAAGAAGUCGAGCUGGCUCUGACUGCUCCCCCGCGUCCCUCGGCGACAAGUAGGACUGACGAAUCAGAGCAACCAUCGGAAGACGUAGACAGCCCACAGCCCACGCCAGAGCUAGACUCGCCCCAGGCGAGCCUGCUGUCGGUCUCGAAUGCCACAGCGUUGUCACGGCCAGCGCGAUUGCCCAGAUGUCGGCGAACAAUGCUCUUUACCUUGUCGCCACGACAUGGAUUUGCAUCAGAGUGGAACACGAUCAACAGGCUACAGCUGCUCGCAGAUCGGUUCGGAUACGUGCUUGUCUUCGAUGACCACCUGUGGAACUACGGCCAAUGGUCAGAUUACUUCGAGCCUAUCGAAUACGGUUGUCGCCCGCCUUUUGUGCGCGAGAGGCGCCGAGCACAGAUCGAAAAGUACGCUGGCACAGACUCAAAUGUCAGGGACACGCUCGCUCGUCCUCAUUGGACGCGCUCGCGCCAUAUCUCCGCAUCGCAUAUAGACUUGCAUUAUCUUGAUGAUCUCAUUCUUGACAUGUUUACGAAUGCCUCACGCAUGACACGCAUACACCACUUUGACUUGCUCAACUAUCCACCCGCGUUACCUCUGUCCGGGACGGAUACACUUCCACCGUACUUCGAGGCCGUCUUUGCAGCAAUUAGCCAGGCCAACGAUAGGAUAUGGAAGCCAAAUGCCGUCAUCAGAGGCAUGAUCGACAACUUACGAGCUGCCCUCAUCCCACCUGUUCCGGCGCCGAGACCCACAAUCGUGGGCGCACAUAUUAGAUUGGGCGACAAAUGCAAUGAGCUGGGCGACACUAAACUUAGUCCUCUGAGGUUCGCAAAGCCUAGCGUACUCGCACAAUACAAGCUCGAAAAGGCAAAGACGAUCUGCGCCGAGCUUCGCAAAGGCGGCGGCUUAGACGACGAAAAGGCGACAAUAUUCCUGCAAGCUACAGAGGUUGCUGUGGCGACCGUACAAGUCAACAGGACUGCUCCAACCUCUUCGAAGCCGAAGCUCGUGCUGAUGAGUGACGAUCCGCAUGUCAUGUCUGCACUCGAGGCUCAUGUCACGGACGCCUCGGUCAAUAUCGUGAGCACCAGCACGGCACUUCCGCAAGCCAAUAAUGCGUUCAAGGGCGGCUUUCCCGGGCAAAAGUUCAAUGACUUGCCACUCGCGAUGCGCGUUGGCAAUACGCAAGAGAUGCUGCGCGAUCUCACCUUCUUCCGCGAAGAGGCCGAUGCUGUCUUGUUGACGGGCAGCUCGAACGUUGGCAGGCUGCUCAUGACGCUCGUCGGCCCGUCACGCUGUCUGAACAAUCGUUGCAUCAGCGCAGACGUUAGAUACUUCCCCACCGCAUAUUUCUCCUAG